AUGGUACGUUGUUGUUGUGUGCCUCAAUGCACUAAUAAAGAUGCUACAAGACAUUACAUCCCAUCAGACAAAUUAAUUCAAGAAAUUUGGAUAAAAAGAAUAGACAAUCCGAAUUUAUACAAUAAAUCUUAUAAUUUAUUAAAAGGACAUGCUGUCUGUGAUGUUCACUUUGCAGAUAUCUGUAGAUUCGGCAAUAAACUAAAAAAAUACUCACUCCCCACGAUCAAUUUACCAGCGUUUGAAGAUCGUGGCGACCCGGCAGAUUGUUUCUCUUACCCUAAAAACCCUUUCGAAAAAUACGAAACCCCUCCAAAAAUAAAAAGACUUUUACAAAGUACAUCGUUCGCAAGAAAAGAGGGUCCUAUAAAACAAUUGUUUCUGGAGACGCCAGUAGAAUCGAAACCUGAUGUGAAUAUUAACUUACAAUUAUACCCAGUAUCUGAAUCUCCACGUGCAUCAACACAAAGUCGAGCAGGUGAACAAAACGAGCCUUCAGUGAUGGGGAAACGGUGUGUAGUGGAAAAUUGCACGACGAAAUGCAACACGAAGGGACGUUCGAUUUUCCGCGUGCCAAAAGAUCCCCAUCAGCGGACAGUGUGGCAAAAUAAUUUGAAUAUUUCGGUGCCAUUUAAAGACACAGACGUUGUUUGCGAAAGGCAUUUUGAUCCGGAAUGCGUCUUUCGCGAGUGGGUGCACAAGGACUCUGAUGGAAAGAUUAUUGCAAAGGUUCGAUAUGGGCAUCCAAGGCUGGCGGAUUAUGCUGUUCCAAGCAUUUUCAUAACGACACCAACCAAACCAGAUGAUAGCAGGUUGACAGAUUCUCCGGAUGACCACGACUAUGCUUGUCUCACCGAUGUGAUAAAAGUUGAAUGCAACCCAACGAAUAUCCAAACAGCAAGCGAGUUAACCAAUCCCCAAUCUCCAGUUCCUGCGACGAUCAGUAAUCAUGAUACGGAAACGUCCAGUACUCCGGUUCCAGCCUAUCAGAAGUACCUAUCUCUAAUAUCGAAGUCUUGGAGUGUUACCGAGCUACCAGUAGGUGAAAAUAUCCAGUUUGUGUUCUCUUACACGAUAACAUUGAUGGACAACGGUAUUAACGUUCCAAUUACACAAAAAUGUAUCACCCUCGACGAGGACAAAUAUCUCGAAUAUUUCAUCUACGGUCGUCGCGUCGACGCGCAUCAAACCGGUUGCGUUCGAAUUUUGACCGCCGCCGAAGCGCUUCCGGGCGUUUUGGCAGCAUUCAAACGCGUGAAUAUUUGUCACGGUAUAGGAAACGUCGCGGAAUUCUCGGUGUUAGUGAAUAUCGCGUUUCGGGACUACGUCCAACAGUGGCGCCACAACGAGUGCUCCAUGGUGGGGAAGACGAAGAGAUGCGAGGCGUGCAGGAAGCUGCGGAAGCGAUUGUUGCAGCAGGCGUCGAGAGACGAAGCUCGCGCGACGUUGCGACGGUUUCGAGCGCCUUCGAGCCCUUCGGAUCGACUGAAAUUGGACGCUGUGCGCAAGAAGUAUCUUCGCGAAAAGAGACGAGGGGAGCAGGCUAGGAAACGAGUUGAAAAAUUGGAGACGGCGUUAUUGAAACUGUCGAAUCGACAAUGUAAGAUACCGUAA